CGGCUCUGUGACUUGGGGGUAGCUUCGGACUCCUGUUCUCAACCUGCUAGUACAGGAUGGACCCCGAGGAAGAAGCCGCAGCAGUGGUGACGGCCGCGGGCUUACCGGCGGCAGGGCUUCAGGAGCCAGUAACCUUCUGGGAUGUGGCUGUGGACUUUACUCAGGAGGAGUGGGGGCAGCUGGAUCCUACCCAGAGGACUCUGUACCGUGAUGUGAUGCUGGAGACCUUUGGGCACCUGCUCUGCAUAGGUCCUGAGCUUCCUAAACCUGAAGUCAUCUCCCAGCUGGAGCAAGGAGCUGAGCUAUGGGUGGCAGAAAGAGGAACCACCCAGGGUCACUGUCCAGGCUGGGACCCUAGACGGGAAGACCAAGCAUCACUUAAGGAGCAGGGCCUUCCUGAAGAAGAGACAACUGGUCUCUCCAUGUUAAGGGAAGUCUGGGAAUCUGAGGAGAGCCUGGACCAGGUACUCAAGAAGGACCAGAAUAACUUGAAUCAAUUGGAAUUUGUCCUCAAAGAAGCACCAAUUCAAGAUCAAGGCUACGAAACUCUCAGACUUAGGGAAAGCUAUGUGGUGAGUUCAAACCCAAAUCCAUUCCCAGAGAGUUCUAGGAAAGACUGUUUCCCUACUUAUGACUCACAGGUUACAAACUCAGAACAUAACUUGAGCUUAGUCAGUCAGCAGACAGUGUCCCCAGGAAAACAGGCCCAUGAUAACAGCGAUUGCCUCAAAGCUUCUGGUCAGGCUGUUACAGAACUUGCAAGAAGUCAGGUACAAGAUAAACCCUACAAAUGUACUGACUGUGGGAAGUCAUUUAACCAUAAUGCACACCUCACAGUGCACAAGAGGAUUCAUACAGGAGAGAGACCUUACAUGUGCAAAGAGUGUGGGAAAGCCUUCAGCCAGAACUCUUCCCUCGUUCAACAUGAGAGAAUCCACACAGGAGACAAGCCCUACAAGUGUGCCGAAUGUGGGAAAUCUUUCUGCCACAGCACACACCUUACUGUCCAUCGGCGGAUUCACACAGGGGAGAAACCCUAUGAGUGUCAAGACUGUGGACGGGCCUUUAAUCAGAAUUCAUCCUUGGGCCGGCACAAGAGGACACAUACUGGAGAAAAGCCAUACACCUGCAGUGUUUGUGGAAAAUCCUUUUCUCGGACCACUUGCCUUUUCCUGCACCUGAGAACUCACACUGAAGAGAGACCCUAUGAAUGCAACCACUGUGGGAAGGGCUUCAGGCACAGCUCGUCCCUGGCCCAGCAUCAGCGAAAACAUGCUGGUGAGAAGCCCUUUGAGUGCCGCCAAAGGCUGAUCUUUGAGCAGACACCAGCUUUAACGAAGCAUGAAUGGGUAGAACCCCUCACGUGCAACACACCUUUGAGUCAAGAUGAGAGGACUCACCAAAAUGACAGGCCCUUUAAAUGUAAUCAGUGUGGGAAGUGUUUCAUUCAGAGCUCUCACCUCAUCCGACAUCAGAUAACUCAUACCAGAGAGGAGGAGCCCCAUGGGCGUAACCACCGGCACGAACAGUCCUUUGGUCGUAGCUCACACCUUGUCCGGCGUCAGUACUCUAAUUCAAGGGAGAACUCUGCAGGUGGGGCAAAGGCAAGACAGCCAGAAAAUGGGGCUUUGGCCUUGUUUGACAUUCAUGAAAUCAUGCAAGAGAAAAAUCCUGUGCACGUUAUUGGGGUGGAAGAGGCUUCUAUGGGUGCUUCCAUGUUAAUUGACAUCAGAGAAUCCACAUAGGAGACAAACUGCAGAUGACUUUUAAUCACAGAUACAAAAGUGUGGUAAGUCCACAUAGUAUAAUCAUGGACAGAGGAGCUAGGAGUAGAAAUAUUGAUGAUGACUUUUGACUUUCUGUGGAAAUUGUGCUUCCCAGACACCUGAGAUUGAUGGUUCCCAAAUCUAUCAAACUUAGUACACCCUUGAACUAUACUUUAUAACGUUCUUUCUGUUAACUCUAAAAUGAGUUAACAAGUAAUAAAACCUACUCACAUGGGUAAUGUCAAAAAAUCAGUAUACAGCCUGCUUUGUAAAGGAUAAUUAAAGUUUAUUUAUAGUAAUGUAAUAGAGUAAUGGGUGCCAAGUCUGUGCAGUAUGUCUCUUGUCAUUGUGUGGGCCCAGUGACACCAGAAAACCUGGGGCAAUAGUUUGUUGCUUAUGAACUGGUACAGGCUAUGGUGUUGGCCAGGAAGUACAAUACAGACAUUGUUGUAUGAGCUACAAUUUUCCAAAGUAGUGACGGAAAAGUUUUGAACAAAACAAAAUGCGGUUGCAUUUCUGGAAAGUUCUGUAUAAAUUCCAAGCAUGUAACAAUUAAUUU